CGGAUCCCUAUAGCUAUCAUGAAUAUCAACAUUUUUCACUAUAAAACAGGAGCUUUGAAUUGACGGUUGUCAUUUUUUACGCUGGAGAGCUGUAUAGGUUGACGUGUCUUUUAAUGUCUCUUCCGUGUUUCUGAGAAUUAUCUUGUAGAUGAAAAAUUUGUGAUUAUUUAUAACAUUCCAGAUCGACUAGAGAAGACAAGAACACAAACAUGGAGUCUCUCUAUCAUCAAACAAAUAAAAUGCUGCAUGAGGUACAAGCUAAUAUGGGCAGAAUUGAACGAGCCAGACCAGAUGAAGUCCAUCUUGUGGAGGAUGAAAUACAAGCCAGAAUUGACCAAAUAACAAGUAACAUAGAACGAUUGGAAAUCAUGGUGAACAAAGAACCACCAACACGAAGACAAAAUGCAAAGCUCCGAGUAGAUCAGCUAAAGUAUGACUGUAGGCAUGUUCAGUCUGCUAUGAGAAAUAUACAACAUAGGAGGUAUGCCAGGGAAGAGGAAGAAAAAGAAAGAGAAGCAUUAUUAUCAAGAACAUUUACAACUAACGACCCAGACACCAGCAUUAUGAUAGAUGCUGCACUUCAACAUAAUACCGGUUUACACAAUGCACACCGAGGCAUGGACGACUUGCUUGGGAGUGGGAGUGCCAUUUUAACAGGGCUGAGAGAUCAAAGGUCAACUUUAAAGGGUGUGCAUAAAAAAGUUCUUGAUGUUGCCAACACACUUGGUAUUUCCAAUACAGUUAUGAGACUAAUAGAAAGGCGUUCAGUACAAGACAAGUUUAUUCUUUACACGGGAAUGAUAGUAACAAUAAUAGCUAUGUAUUUUAUUUACAAGUAUCUUGCUUGAUUACAAAAAUUAAAAAUCAUAUUUAACAGA